CUCGUCUUGUGUCGCUGUGCUGAUUCUGGCUUCACACGCUCGCUCUCAUUGAGCAGUAUUUGAUCCGCUGCUUUAUGUUUUUCGAUAAUGGCUGCUGUUGAAUUCAUCAAAGACCUUUGUACUCCAGCGCUGAUCAUUGACCUGGAUAAAGCGAAAAGAAACGCUGAAGGCAUGCUGGAGCGCUUCCACAAACUAGGGGUCCAGCUCCGACCUCACAUGAAAACACACAAAACACUGGAAUGUGCGGACAUCAUGACAGGAGGCUCUCGUCGUUGUAUUGUUGUGUCUACUCUAGCUGAGGCAUCAUUCUAUGCUGAUAACGGCUAUGACGAUAUACUUUAUGCAUACCCUCUGCCAUUUGAUAAAGUGGAGCGCUGUGCCGAGCUGUCCGAGAGACUUUCUCUAUUCCACGUCGUGGUGGACAACCGCCUCGCCCUGCAGGAACUGAAGAAGAGACCUCUGAAACAGGGAAAAGUCUGGAAGGUGUGGAUGAAACUGGAUUGUGACAAUGGGAGAGCGGGCGUUCCUCAUUGUGACCCUGCUGCACUACAGCUUGCCCUGGAGAUCUGGGAUACUUCAGGGGUGGAGCUGACGGGAAUUUACGCCCACUGCGGGAACACCUACGCCUGUCAGGGGGAGGAGCAAAUCAAAGCUGUUGCUCAGGAAACCACUACGGUUGUGCUACAGUUCAUGGAGAAGUUGAAGGCUGCUGGAAUACAAGGUGUCAAAUCCAGCAUUGGCUCCACCCCUUCCUGUAGCCACCCAGUCCCAGACAUAGCCAUGUUGAGUGAGGUGCAUCCUGGGAACUACAUAUUUUAUGAUGUGCAGCAGUCCCUCAUCGGGUCCUGUAGACUUGAGGAUGUUGCAGUACGGGUGCUGACGCGGGUCAUAGGCCACUACCCACACAGGAACCAGUUACUUGUAGAUUGUGGGUGGACAGCACUGAGUCAUGACGGUGGGGGGCGCUUACCUACAGGAUACGCUAUCAUCGAAGGACACCCAGAACUCAAACUCCUGUCUAUGACUCAGGAACACGGCAGGGUGGAGCCAAUCUCUGGAAAACUGGACUUCAAGCAGUUCCCACUGGGGUCACUCCUCACACUCAUGCCUUACCAUGCUUGUGCUACAGCUAUGAUGCAUCCAGUUUAUUUUGUCCAUUCUAAAGGGAAGAUUAUAGACACCUGGAAACCCACCCGAGGCUGGUAACAAUCUUUAUCAGAGGGACUCCGCUGGUACAGCUGGGGACUGUGGAUGAAAAUGUUUCGGACUUGUAACAACUGUGGAUUUGCUGUUCUAAUAGGCAGGUGACUAUUAGAAGCCCACCUUAAGAGCAUUUUCAUCUGGAUCCAAGUGGGUUGGAGGCAUUGCAGUUCUUUCCUUGAGAAGCAUUGUUGAAAAUUUAAUAUUUUAGUGAUACAGCUUUUAUGUAAACUGGAAGGCUCACACUGGACUUAAAAUUUGCAAUCUUCUUUAAAAAAAAUAUUUUUUUCUCUGCUUCUUUCAUCAGUUAAAACACCAACAUUCUCUUUACACUUCAAGGGCUAUGAAAUUUCUUCUUUGUAUCUGACUGAACUUGCAUGCAGUGCUUGGAAACAGUUUUGGAAAGAUCUGAAGUUCGGAAUUUUUAUGAGAUAUUAACAACAUGUACCUCCGUCUGUAAUAAAACCAUUUGC